CCUCUUUUUCUCAUCUCCAUUUUUAGCCCUAAAAGCACACAUCUUCUCUGUUGCUUCCACCUAGCCGCACACUUGCUCUUCACUUCCGAACUCCUCACUUUCCUUCACUUUCGCUUGCUUUCUCCUUCCAAAUCCUCACUUUACCCCCUCGAUUCUCCCACCGCGCGUCAAAACGGCGUCGUUGUGCUCGCUCUUGACACUGUCGUCCAGAUCCGGAAUUAUGUGCCUUCGGUUGCUAUCAGUUUGUUGGCUGUGAGGUCCAACUCUUGGUUAUGGAUGCUGUGGAGUUGAAUUAUCCUGUGGAUGUGACGGCUCCGAAGCUCAUGGGAUCGGACGGGUUUGGUAGAGAUAGGGUUACGGUGAUGGAGGUGGACGCGGAGGCAGCGGCUUGCGAGUCGAGCCAUGAGCUUUGCAACUCUUUACUUAGUGGAAAAGAAGCAACAAGCACAGCAAUUUUUUUUGAGUCAACACCAUUGGACAAGAUUCCAGAACUUUGUCGGCAUGCUAGUCAGCUGCCCAGCUUUCCCAGUGAAGAUGUGUCUAAACAGCAUCAUUUUGAUGGUGGUGCCAAUGGGCCUUCAUGGAUUCCAAGGCCUGAAGAAGCGCAAGUACAGAGAAAAUCGGGACAAAUUUCAAGAAGUGGUAAUGGAUGUCAUAAAAGACCGUGGGCAGCUCUUUUGGAAGAUACUGUAGCCCCAGCUGCAGUUGAUGACAUGAAGGCUCCAUUUGAUAGGCUGGCAUCACAUGCAACAAAAUGUGACUCUCAAGAGAAAGCUCAUUCCUCAAGACAAAAGAACAACUGCAGCAGCAAACGAGGGGAUAGGAGAAAUUUCAAAGUUUCCACAAAGGCUAAACAUGAUUCCUUCUCUGUGAAGGCAAGUUUGGCGAGCUUCAUUUCAGCUGCUGUGUGGAACAACUUCUAUGGAUUAUAUGGUCUGAAGACGGAUGGUCAUGACAUCACAAAACUUGUAGAUGAUUUAUCAUUGAAUGAUCUCCUUCAAGGCAGUUAUGGAUCUCCUAGCUUAGGCAAAGACAGGGGAAAGAAAGCAACAAACACAACUGAACAUAUUCUGCAUUCAGUAAGAAAGGCUUGCUCUAUUCUUCAGUUACCUAGGUCUGUGCAGUCCCACAAUUUUGCUGAUGCAGAUACUUGUUCCAAUGAGAAAGGGCCCACAUGCACAUCUAGCUCUAUUUCUAUUGUGAGAAAUGGAGACAAUGAUGAUUUGUCUACAACAGAUCUAUCUUCAUCUAACAAGGAUUCUUGUGGCAAGUCUGACACUCCUGCUAAUUUGCUCAAUUUUUCACUUGACCAACCUAAAGACACAUUGGAACGGUUAGCGCUUCCUCCACCCAAGGAUUUGGAGUCUUUGCUUCUGGAUGCAGCCAAGCCUGCUGUAUCUUCAAAGAGUGCUCCUGAUCCACGUCCAGGAAGGCAAACAUCUCGCUGGCCUAGCUUGCCACCUUUUCCCUGGUCACACACUUUUAGUGGGCAUUGUAGAACCAAUUCUGAUGCAGUUAAGCUUUUAGCAAGUAGGAGCACAUGCCAAGGUAGGUGGGUGAAAGUGGAGAACACCUUCAGUUCAGUGGGGAUUACCUCUAAUUGUUUUACAAACUUGGAGUCCCUCACUUAUGAUGAGACACUAGUUCCUUCAAGUGGACCAAAGCUGGCUGUCCUAGAAAAUAAUUUUGCUUCAUCUACAUCUGUUCCUCGGUGUGAGUGGGGUUCAUCAAUAGUAGCAGAUUCCAUCACAUCCCACACUCAUCUAGGCAAUACUUGCAUGAAGGAAUCUGGCGUGAACCUCAAGAAUGAAGGAAAAGUUGAGCAUUGUCCAAAAGUGCUGGCCGCUGCUCAGACAUUGUAUGAGAUUGCCAAAUGUACCUCGAGGCUAAACAAAGAUGGGAUGACGAAGUGGCCAAAAAAGCCUUCACAAAAGGUGAUGAAAGCUCGCAAAACAAAAUCAAAUGAGAAACAUGAGUUUUUUGCAUCCUCCUCUUUGAUAAGAAAUGUGGACCAAACAUCGACAUUAAAGAGGCCUAAACUCUUAGCAAGCGAGAACAAGAAGGAUGUUACGCAUGUCAACGGUGUGCGAAAGGGCGCAAUAAAUUGGUCUACGCCGAAGUCAAGUAGAUCAUCACCCAACAAAUCAGUUAGGGAGUCAAGUGCCUACAUUGCGAAGCAAUCAUGUAUGAUGCCACCACCGGCAAAGGUUCUGAAUAGAACUUGCAACGGCCAACAAAAGGUCCGUAAAUUAAUGCGAAUGGAUUGGAACCGGGAACGUGACAGGCAGGAUUGAUGAAUUGCCAUUCCCAGUAGUUGGAAUUUCCUGCCAAACUGGAUUGAUGUAUAUAGUGGGUUUGUUGUAGGGUAACACUGAUAGGUGAGAUGUUAUCUGUUGUAACAGAUGGUCGAGGGGUGAAUAGGGAUGAUGUUGUAACAUUAAGGAGACAUGUAGCUCACAACAGAGAAAUUCUUUGCCUUGUGUAGAGCAUUUAUGAGGCAAUAGAAAUUUCAUUUCGUAGACAUCUGCAUCAAAUGGAUUAAUAAGUACUUCCAGUCCAUUUUCCA